GCCUGGCAGGGAGCACAGGGCCUGCCGCCCCGGAAGAGGCGGUCAUGUGGCUGGGAAGAUGGCGGUCUUUCCCUGGCACUCCAGGAAUAGGAACUAUAAGGCUGAAUUUGCAACAUGCCGGCUGGAGACUGUGCCAUUGGAGUUUGGAGACUAUCACCCACUGAAACCUAUAACUGUCACAGAGUCCAAGACUAAGAAGGUGAGCCGGAAGGGAAGCACCUCUUCCACGUCCUCAUCCUCCAGCUCCGUGGUGGACCCGCUAAGCAGUGUGCUGGAUGGAACCGAUCCCCUCUCUGUGUUUGCAGCCAGUGCUGACCCCAUGGCCACAGCAGCUGUCAAGGACAGCUCCAGGAAGAAAGGUGAUAGAGACCAGAACUCCAUUGUAGGAUUGGAUUUUGAGCCUUGGACCAGCAAGCGAGGAGAAAUCCUUGCCCGGUACACGACCACGGAGAAGCUCUCCAUCAAUCUGUUUAUGGGCUCUGAAAAAGGCAGAGCCGGGCCUGCCGCGUUCGCAGUGUCGGAGAAGGUUCGGACCAGGCUGGAAGAGCUGGAUGACUUUGAGGAGGGAUCCCAAAAGGAACUGUUGAAUUUGACUCAACAGGAUUAUGUGAAUCGCAUAGAGGAGCUUAACCAGUCGCUGAAGGAUGCCUGGGCCUCGGACCAGAAAGUGAAGGCUCUAAAAAUAGUCAUCCAGUGCUCAAAGCUUCUCUCGGAUAUAAGUGUCAUUCAGUUCUACCCAAGCAAGUUUGUCCUCAUCACGGACAUACUUGAUACCUUUGGAAACCUCGUGUACGAGCGCAUCUUCUCCAUGUGUGUGGGUGACCGCAGCGUGCUUCCAGAUAAAUUCUCUCCAGAGAAUGUAAACGACACGGCCAGAGAAACAUGCUUAAACUGGUUUUUCAAGAUCGCUUCCAUCAGGGAGCUCAUUCCAAGAUUUUAUGUGGAAGCAUCCAUCCUGAAGUGUAACAAGUUCCUCUCCAAAAUGGGUAUCUCAGAAUGUCUGCCCCGCCUGACCUGCAUGAUUCGAGGGAUCGGAGAUCCGCUGGUGUCGGUGUACGCCAGGGCCUAUCUGUGCCGGGUGGGAAUGGAAGUAGCCCCACAUCUGAAAGAAAGUCUAAAUAAGAACUUUUUUGACUUCCUCCUCACAUUCAAACAGAUUCAUGGGGAUACAGUACAGAACCAUCUGGCAGUCCAAGGGGUGGAGCUCUCAUCCUACCUCCCCUUGUACUCACCUGCCAUGGACUGGAUCUUCCAGUGCAUUUCCUACCAUGCCCCCGAGAAUCUGCUAACCGAGAUGAUGGAGCGAUGCAAGAAACUAGGAAAUAAUGCCUUGCUGUUGAAUUCUGUGAUGUCUGCUUUCCGGGCCGAGUUCAUCGCCACCAGAUCCCUCGAUUUCAUCGGCAUGAUCAAGGAGUGCAGUGAGGCCGGCUUCCCCAAGCAUCUUCUUUUUCGCUCACUGGGGUUAAACUUGGCCUUGGCUGAUCCUCCUGAGGGUGAUCGACUUCAGAUUCUCAAUGAAGCUUGGAAAGUUAUUACUAAAUUGAAGAAUCCACAGGACUACAUUGAUUGCGCCGAGGUGUGGGCAGAGUACACCUGCCGGCAUUUCACGAAAAGAGAGGUGAACACCGUGUUGGCUGACAUCAUCAAGCACAUGACUCCAGAUCGCGCCUUUGAAGACUCCUACCCUCAGCUUCAGUCGAUAAUUAAGAAAGUGAUUGCCCAUUUCCAUGAUUUCUCAGUGCUCUUCUCAGUGGAAAAAUUUCUGCCAUUUCUGGACAUGUUCCAAAAAGAGAGCGUGCGGGUGGAGGUUUGCAAAUGCAUCAUGGAAGUUUUUAUCAAGCAUCAGCAUGAGCCCACCAAGGAUCCGGUCAUUCUGAACGCCCUCCUGCACGUGUGCAAGACCAUGCAUGACUCUGUGAAUGCACUCACUCUGGAGGAUGAGAAGAGAACGCUGGCCUGUCUGAUUAGUGGGUUUGUAAAGAUGGUGUCCUUUGGUCGUGAUUUUGAGCAGCAGCUAAGCUUCUAUGUCGAGGCCAGGUCGAUGUUUUGCAAUCUGGAACCUGUUCUUGUGCAGUUGAUUCACAGUGUGAGCCGGUUGGCAAUGGAAACAAGAAAAGUGAUGAAGGGGAAUCAUUCCAGAAAAACUGCUGCCUUUGUCCGGGCCUGUGUUGCCUACUGCUUCAUUACCAUCCCAUCCCUGGUGGGCAUCUUCACACGCCUCAACCUCUACCUGCUUGCUGGCCAGGUGGCCUUGGCCAAUCAGUGCCUCUCCCAAGCUGAUGCCUUUUUCAAAGCCGCCAUCAGCCUCAUCCCAGAAGUCCCCAAGACGAUCAAUAUCGAUGGAAAGAUGCGGCCGUCAGAACCCUUCCUCUUGGAGUUCCUCUGCAAUUUCUUCUCGACUUUGUUAAUAGUUCCGGAUCACCCUGAGCGUGAGGUCCUGUUCCUUGUUCGAGAGCUUCUCAACGUGAUCCAGGACUACACCUGGGAGGACACCAGUGACGACAGGAUCCGAAUCUACACCUACGUGCUGCACCUGCUGUCCGCCAUGAGCCAGGAAACCUACCUCUACCACGUGGACAAAGUGGACUCCAACGACAGCCUCUACGGGGGAGAUUCCAAGUUUCUGGCUGAGAACAACAAGCUGUGUGAGACGGUGAUGGCCCAGAUCCUGGAGCACCUGAGGGCCCUGGCCAAGGACGAGGCCCUGAAGCGCCAAAGCCUGUUGGGUCUUUCCUUCUUUAACAGCAUCUUGGCCCAUGGGGAUCUGCGCAACAACAGGCUCAACCAGCUCUCUGUCAACCUGUGGCACCUGGCCCAGAGGCAUGGCUAUGCGGACACCAGGACCAUGGUGAAAACUCUGGAGUACAUCAAGAAGCGAGGGGAACAACCAGACAUGACUCAUCUGACUGAGCUGGCCCUUAGGCUUCCUUUGCAAACAAGGACCUGAUUUUGCCCCAGAGGCUCUGGUGCCAAAUCCAGAAAACACCUGCUUUUUACUUUCUUUUUACAUAGACAGUUGGCUUAAGCUUUGGCCUCUACCCAGGUUAUUCUGAAGAAGUGGCAUUGUAAGAGCAUUAAAUCCCAUCUUGUUCACUGAGUGGCAGGAUACAAGUAACAUCUUUCUUUUUGGGGGGCGGGGGGGGGUGGGGUGUCUUUUUUUUUUUUAAUUGGAAAAAGAACCUUAAAAGAGGCACUGUUUGCUCUCCCUAAUUUGAGUUUGUAAUUAAACGCUGCCUACAGAACCCUGGAGGAUUUAUAAAAGGCAGGCUCAAAAAAGAUUUUUCUAUCAAAAAGCAGCUCUUGAUUGGAUUUUGAACAUGUUCUGUAAUAAUGGAAUAAACCUCCUGAAGGGA